AUGCGCCCACCGAAUCUAACCCCCACCCAGCGACAGACUAUCGUGUGCUUUCUUCUAGGUCGGAGCGAUAACGGUGAAAUUUCUGGUGGCGAUAUUUCGGCCGCUGUGGCCAAAUAUGGACGGCAUCGGAGCACCAUCUCACGUCUCUGGGAGCUGCACAAGAAGACGCGAACGGAAGAGAAUCGUCUUGGCAACUUAGCCAGUGGUCUGAUUGGAAAUUGCGGCCGUAAGGCCAUUGAUACUGACGAGCUGCGCCUGCAGAUCCGCAAGAUCCCUUUGAGCCGCCGCAUGACUAUCAAGAGUCUGGCGGCAGCAUUGGGCGUCUCCACUAAAGUCGUUCGGCGACUGCUCAAAGAGGGCGCCUUCAGACGCCACUCCAGCAACGUAAAGCCCGCGCUUACGGAAGAGAACCGCCUUGCUCACCGAGAAGCAUACAAAGCGACACUCAUUGGCGACAUCAUCCCAGCGAUCAAGGCCAAGUGGCCACGGAGCGGCAAGAAGCGCACGAUUUACAUACAACAGGACAACGCCAAACCUCACGUGUCAGUGGAUGAUCCGGACAUCAUGGCUGCAGGUCGCAGUGGGGGCUGGGAUAUUCGAAUGCGCUGCCAACCCCCGAACUCGCCCGAUCUUAAUGUGCUAGAUCUAGGUUACUUCCGCUCAAUCCAGUCGCUGCAGUAUCAGACGGAGUGUCGCGGAGUGGAAGCGCUACUCGACGCCGUAAACAGCGCCUUCAGCGCCAUGAAAGCCGACACUCUGAACAAGAUCUUCAUGACCCUCCAGACGUGUAUGGAAUGCAUCAUCAGGGCAAAUGGCGGCAACAACUACAAGACUCCACACCGAGGCAAGGACGCCCUAAAAAAAGCCGGCCAGCUACCAGUGUCGUUCGCUUGCUCUGCAGAAGUCUAUGAUCAAGGCGUGAAGUUCGUCCGUGCAGCUCUGGAGGCGAAGAAGGAUCAAGAGAAGAAGGCAGCCCUUGAGGCCAGAAGCAAGAAGUAG